AUGAAAAAGUGCUACGAAAAUGAAUCAAGUGAAAAUGAGUGGGAAAAGAAUGUUCCUUUUCACAUUGAUGAGUUGGAAAAACAACGCGAUCAAGUGAUUAUUCAGGACCAAGAGACUCCAAAGGAGAACACUGAAAUGGUCCUGUAUGACGUGUAUGAUCCAAAGACCUUUUCCCUGGAGAAGUCUAAAUUUCCUGAGAGUGAAAUCCUGUUUGUGGAUGAGGAUAUUUUAGAUAUUACUCGGAUAAAGUGUGAGAAGGCGUUUCGGGCCAGUAAUCUAAACAUUGCUCACAGCAAUAUCCUAGACUUCAUGCCGCAAUGGAACACGGUCACCAAAUACAAGGAGAACGACGUCACCGUGGAGGUCGACCGGCGCUCCUGGAUCUACGUGAACGGCAUCCCUAUGAGAUAUGCUGUAGACCCACUUGAAAUACCCAUCAACCCGAUGGGGCGUACAGGCAUGAGAGGUAAAGGUGUUCUGUGGCGGUGGGGACCCAAUCACAUGAUCAAGGUUGUUGUGACCCGGUGGAGAAGGAUGAGGAACCCGGACGGCACCUUCAAGUUCCUGUAUGUAGAGGGUAAACGCGUCCUUGAGUUCAUAGCUGUACAGAAGGUGGACGUCACAGAUUUGGACUUUGCUCUUCCUGGGGACGUUUUGCAUGGACUAAGCAACCCACACAGCAUCUUGUGUCAGGCAUUCAUCAGGCAGGUGUUGGGCAAGGAGAAACAGAAGCAGUACGACACAGAUCACAUGAUUCAGUUCUUCUCCAAGUUUGCCGCAGGGCCGCCAGAAAGCCUGCCCAACUCCCCUGGGCUGGGUCAGAUGCCCUUCUCCUUUGCUGCACGCUCUGUGUCCAUCUACAGUCAGCAGACCUCGGUCCUACAGCCCCUGGCCAGGUCCAAUAUGGACUCAAAUGGCUUCUGCCCAACGCUGCUGUACAAGGGUUACCUGGACGAUCCACGUAACACGGACAAUGCCUGGGUGGAGACAGAAGUCUGGAACUUCCACUAUGACCAUGGCGACACAUUUGACAGCAGUCUACCUGAGGAUGCCAGCGUCAAGUGGAAGGAAGUGUCACCGUACGUGAAGAUGUUUGGAAAUGAAGGUGUCAUAGUCAAGGAGGCAGCACGCAUACAUGAAGCCUACCACUGA